AUGUCGGGCAAGAGUCAGGAGUCUCCCUCACGUCCCUACGGCUGGCUAGCCCGCUGUCUACGAUGGCCAUACCUCCUAACAUUCGCCGUCUUCGACGUCUCCCUUGCCAUCACCAUCAUCGCUUUAACCAUUGCAUCAUCUCAGAAGAACGGCUUCGUCACAGUCUCAACAGACAGCAUCGCCUCCACAGGUCAAAACUCUGAUAUCGUCAGCCUCAUUUGGAACCUGGGUGUACUCUGGACUUCCCUCCCUAGUUUUGUAUUUUCUCUUUUCGGCGCGUACUGGGCGUGGAUAUCCGCAUCGCUUGCAGAGCGACAGCCGUACGUCGAGCUGCGCAAGGAUGGCGGCGCGGAAGCCAGGAAGUCGAUCCUUCUGGACUACCGCGUUGUCGCCACCGUCUGGCGCUGGUGGGGAGCCUUUCAAAAGUCCCAUUUCACCGUCGGCUCGAUGACUAUGCUUUCCCUAUUUCUGACCUACUUGAUUGCACCCCUCGCUGCACGUUUGUUCGUAGCACAAGGCGUGACAUUGUCUGAGCCAGCUCCGAUCACUUACAACAAGGCCUACAACAUCGACAACAUCAACGCCACUCUGGACUGGCGGCCUGUUUUGGACACGGUAUCGGCGACACUGCUUUACGGGGGCAACAGCAUCCCCUGGACAGACAAAGAACGCGCGUUUCGCCCGUUUGUCGUUGAUCCUCUACUAGCCAAUAAGUCAGACAUGGCGGCAAAUACGACAGCAUAUUCAGGUUACCUCAACUGCGAGCUAGUCAAGGAUUACGCCAUCACAUCUAGUGGGGACUCGGUCGAAGUAUCCGGGAACGACAGAGGUUGCGACUUCAAGCAGAGCUUUACAGUCGUCAAGACGCAGGAGAUAUACCUUAAAACGACUGUGGAUUUCGACUGCUCUGCCCAGGCAUAUUACAGUCGUCUGGUUUUCACAGCCGCCAAGUAUUCUGAUUCGGCGCCCAAUAACAUUGAUGACAUCAGCGUUAUCUCUUGUGCAACCGGAUACCGCCAAGUUGCAGGGACCCUGAGAGUCUCGCCAUCAAAGGAUGUUCCAACCGUCGCCUCAUUCGUUGAAACAAGUGAGCCGGAUACCAGCCGCCCGAAGUUGUGGAGGGUCUUCGAACAAGGAAUUCUUGGGCCAGUGACCUUCAACCCACAGGCAAAGUGGUCUACAUCAGAUAUGGGCAAUUUGAUACUGUACUAUACGCAGCGAGCGCAGCCUUCAAAUCGAUUGGGAUCAGACGCGCUGAUGGAGGCGAUCCCAAAAGUCUUUACAGCCAUUUACUUGAACGCAGUUGCGAUUCACGGUUUUGACCCACUCCCGGACCUUGAGACUGCUACCGGAACGGCCUUCGUCCCUACAACGCGCCUCUUCGUUAUUUCUUGGGUCGCUUAUGUUAUCAUCACGUUCUUGGCCAUUGCGUUGUGCUCCGUCGGUUUUGUGUUCUUCCGUCUUCAAGGCACCCCAUCCAUCCUGACUGAGGAGCCUCAGGGGUUGCUGUCACUGGCUGCAAUCCUUGACAAGAGUGAGCUUCUUGGCAUCGCUUCGAAGAUACGUCAGGAGAAAGGGUUUGACGGUAAGAUAUGGAAAAGGGGCAUGGCAAGGUCGGAUGUAAAGGACAAGAAAUGGAGAGCGGCGAUGAACCCUGAAACUGGGAACUGGGUGGUAAGAGCGGUUCGAAAUGAUGAGAUGGAGCUUACGGAAUAUCAUCUAGCCUGA